AAUGCCAUCAACGUCAAGAUAUAAGUGCUACUUUGAUUGUGACAAUGACGGCCCAUUGCACCGAUUUCCUAAACCUGAAUACCCACAUUUGGAAAAGUUUAACUCGUGGAAAAAAGUACUAGAUAAAGCUUUACAAGAGAAAGGCGACAUCUACAUUUAUAACCAAAUUCGAUUUUGCGACAGACAUUUUGAAGAGUGUUACCGUUCAGCCAGUCACCGACUUACUCCAAAUGCAAUACCAACUCUAGAUUUAUCUACAUUACCAGUUGGUCAAACUCUUGAAGGUCCAUCGGGACAUGUCGAGGCAGACAUGUCGAAUUUAUUAAACAUUUCGCAAGAUAAACUUGCUGUCAUUGAGCCAUCCAGCUCUACCCACUAUCAUAGUGAUGUACAGAAUGCAUUACAGACAGCUGAACGCCCUAAAGGUUCUAGGAAAAGAGGGACUUGUCAAUAUUUAAAACGAGUCGUCACCUCCAAAGAGAAGGAGAUAAUAAAGUUAAAACAGAAAGUAUUGAAGCUGAAAAAGAAAUAUAAGGAACAAAAUAACAAGAAACUCUCUGCAAGGAAAAUUUCCACAUCAAAAUCAUUUUGAAAGAGUUAAAUAAAAUGCCUGCAACAAUAAAAAUAUUUACUUCCCUCCAAAUGAAAUGGAAAAAGAAACCACGAGGCAGGCGAUUUACAUUUAACGAAAAAUCAUGGCAUUGACCAUUUACAAACAGAGUCAGAAAGCUUACAACCUCAUGCGAAAAAUGUUUGUCUUGCCAUCAAAGCGCAGCCUACAAAAAUGUUGAGUAAAUUUGAACUGAAACCAGGCUUCAAUCCUGAUAUAUUUAAAAAUUUAAAAGCUACAGUAGCAAAAUUGCCGGCAGAAAAAAAGUUGGUCAAUUUACUGUUUGAUGAGGUAUCAUUGGCUCCGGGUGUUUUUUACAACCCUGCCCUAAAACAGAUAACUGGUUUUGAAGAUUUUGGGCACAGACAAACAAAAAAACUCGCAGAUCAUGCCUUGGUCUUUAUGAUCAAGGGUAUAAAAAGCAAAGUGAAACAACCUUUAUGCUUUUCAUUUUGCCAAGGUGCCACGAAAAAGGACGAUUUAAAGAAGCUGAUCAAAACAAUAAUAAAAGAAAUCUCCAAUACUGGAUUGAUAGUUAUUGCCACUAUAUGUGACCAAUCAGCCACAAAUAUUUCUGUGAUAAAAGUCUUCAAGAAGACACAAAACGCAAAUAUUUACAAGAGGGUAAUGAAUAUAGGACCCAAGCCUUCGAGUUUGAAGACCAAAAGGUCUUCCCAUUAUUUGAUCCUCCACAUCUUUUAAAGGGAAUGAGAAAUAAUUUACUCGCCAAACAUUUGAAAUUUGUACAAGAUGGGAAAACAAAGUAUGCAAAGUGGGAACAUUUGGAGAUGCUGUUGAAGUUAGAUGUUGGGGAUGAUGAAAUUAGGCUUGUUAAUAAAUUAACAGAAAACCAUGUUAAUAAAGAGAAAAUUCCAAAAAUGAAAGUGAAAUAUGCUGCACAAGUUUUCAGCCAAAGGGUAUCAUCAGCAUUGAGAUUCUUAGCAAAACACAACCUUCUUCCGGCGGAGUGCGAAGAAACUGCUGAUUUUCUACUCAUUA